CUGGUGUAGAAUGGAGGAAGAAUAGUAAAUGACAUAAGACCGGAAGAAGCUGCAGGCAAACACGCUGCCUACAGUGCUGAAGAAAAGUUACUAAUUGUCAGCCGGAGGAAACUCUGUCCUGGGAAUAGCUUGUUACAAGUUGGGAGAGACUGGGCCUCACUAAACUUUUAAAACAGGUGUACUUUUGCAGCUGUCUUAUGUCAUUAUGAGAUGUCGUCCCUAACCGCUUCAUUUGUGCAAAUUAAAUUUAACGACUUACAGUUUUAUGAAAACUGUGGGGGAGGAAGCUUUGGCAGUGUUUACCGGGCACUAUGGUUAUCACAAGACAAAGAGGUGGCUGUAAAAAAGCUUCUCAAAAUAGAAAAAGAGGCAGAAAUACUGAGUAUGCUCAGUCACAGAAACAUUAUCCAGUUUUAUGGAGCUGUACUUGAACCUCCCAACUACUGUAUUGUCACAGAAUAUGCUGCCUGUGGAUCACUUUAUGACUACAUUAAUAGUAGCAGAAGUGAGGAUAUGGAUAUGGAUCAUAUUAUGGCUUGGGCAACAGAUGUGGCAAAAGGAAUGCACUACUUACACAUGGAAGCCCCGAUACGUGUAAUACACAGAGAUCUUAAAUCUAGAAAUGUUGUUAUAACCAUUGAUGGAAUAUUAAAGAUUUGUGAUUUUGGAGCCUCAAGAUUCCAUUCUCACACUACACAUAUGUCCCUUGUAGGGACCUUUCCUUGGAUGGCCCCAGAAGUAAUUCAGAGUCUUCCUGUUUCAGAAACAUGUGACACAUAUUCUUACGGUGUGGUUCUCUGGGAAAUGCUAACAAGGGAGGUUCCGUUUAAAGGCUUGGAAGGAUUGCAAGUAGCUUGGCUUGUAGUAGAAAAAAAUGAGAGGUUAACAAUUCCAAGCUCAUGUCCCAGAAGUUUUGCAGAACUGAUGCGUCAAUGUUGGGAAGCAGAUUCAAAGACUCGACCAUCAUUCAAACAGAUCAUAUCCAACCUUGAAUCCAUGUCAAAUGAUAGCAAACUUCCAGACCAGUGUAAUUCAUUUUUGCAUAACAAAGCAGAGUGGAGGUGUGAAAUUGAAGAAACAUUGGAGAGGCUAAAAAAACUUGAGCGAGAUCUCAGCUUUAAGGAGCAGGAGUUGAAAGAACGUGAGAAGCGUUUAAAGAUGUGGGAGAAGAAACUGACUGAACAAUCCCAUACACCUCUUUUCUUUCCUGUUGCUGCAAGAAUCUCUCAGAAGUCUUUCUUUGAAUCUAAAACAGAGGAGUCAAACAGUGCAGAGAUGUCAUGUCAGAUCACAGCCACCAGUAAUGGGGAGAUAGAUGGCAUGAACCAAAGUCUUCAGGCUAUGAUGAAGGGCUUUGGAAAUAUCUUUGACAUGAAUGUUGUAGGACCCGUCCGGCAUUCUGGAAUGCAGAUAAACAUGCAAGCCAAGCAGAAUUCCUCCAAAACCACCUCUGUCAGAAAAGGAAAGAAAAUCAACAUGGCAGUGGGAUUCAAUGAUUUUGAUUGGUCGGAUGACAGCAGUGAAGCUGCAAUUGAAAAAUUAACUCAUGACUACCUGAAUCUUUUUCACUUCCCUCCACUAAUUAAGGAACUCGGGUCUGGAAACAGAGAUGAGGAAAGGAUUGUGAAUUUAGAACUUGUGUUUGGAUACCAUUUGAAAGCAGGAAACAGCUCAGAGGAUUGUAAAUGGAAAAUGUAUAUGGAGUUAGAUGGAGAUGAAAUUGCAAUAACCUAUAUAAAAGAUGUGACAUUUACCAGGAAUCACCCUGAUGCUGAGGUUCUAAAGAUGACAAAACCACCAUUUGUAAUGGAGAGGUGGAUUGUGGGAAUAUCAGACAUGGAGACUGUUGAGUGCACUGUGACAUAUGAGAAUGAUGUCAGAACUCCUAGAAUGACAAAACACGUCCACAAAAUCUAUUGGAACAAUAUGAAAAUGCAAGAUGCAGUGAAGUCUGUUCAACUUGCAAUAAAGUCAUCUCUACAAAACUCUGAAGGCAAGACCAGCAAUAAUGACUCAAGUAUUGAUUGUCAAUGGAUCUACACAUUAAGAAUGCGUCAAAUGGCCACUGACACUUCACCACAGCAUCCGACAGGUCUGCCCCGUUCCCAGUCCUCAAGUCUAACAAACCUUUCCCAGAUUUUACCAUAUCUUCACAACCAAGAAUCGUAUGCUGCUGCUGUUCGACGAACUCGUAUCGCUUCAACAUUACAAGUUACUCCUAUUAACUAUUCACGCAGUUCUUCACCGACUCAAUUUGGAUUGAUAAAAAAUAUGUCAUCCUUGUCAAUCCAAAGUUCUAGAGGUAGCAGUGCCUCCAGUACAGCUUCUGAUAGUCCUUCAGAGAGAAAAAGAAUACGAAGUCCUACUAAAACCACAUAUCAACAAAAUACUAAUAGAUACAUGCCACGGAGAAGUGGAGGAAAAAGCCCACAAGCUAGCACUGGAAAGUAUUAUAAGUCUUCCUCAUAUGUACACAAUAAUCCACGUUCCACUGAACACAAACAUCAAAGAACUAGUCAACACCAAUACAAACAUAUUCCUGGAAUGCCUAUAAAAACAGAACCUGACUCUACUGCUAUUGGAGAAGAUAGCAAGGUGGCUAAUGAUGGUGGUUGGAUAAAAGUAGACUAUUCCAAAAAAAGUCAUAAGCAAGCUCUGACUAACAUGUCAAGUAAAGACAGAUCAAAGUUAUCUGGGCGUGUCAGACGAUAAAUAUUUAUUAUGGUCAGAGGAAGGGACUGUGUUUUAUCCCGAAACGUCACAAAUAAAAGUUUGUUGUCACAGA